AUGGAUAAUAAUUCAACAGAAUUUAUCAUGAGAGAUUUGAUGAAUAAAAGAGUGAAGAUAUUGAACAGCAACAAUGCAGAGAUCAGUGGAGUACUCAAAUCGGUUGAUGGCUACUUGAAUUGCGUCUUAGAGGAUGCGGAAUUCAAAGGAAUGAGAAUGAAGGAUGCGUUUGUGAGAGGAAUGCAAGUCAAAUCAAUAUUUAGGGAUAAAGGUGAUGUAGAGUAA